UCUAGUUCAAUUGGCGGGCACUCAACACUACAUAACUUGCCCAUCACCUUUCUAGGUACGUCUUCACGCUUUGUGUCCGCAAGAUACAGUACAGCUUGGGCACUGGAACGCGACCCCAAACAGGUCGGGUAUUGCGUGCUAAGACCAGAGACCAAGACGCCAUUGAAGGAUGCAGAUUAAUUCUCUCGUAGUUCUGAAGUGAAGAAAGCAUUAAGUUUAACUUUACUUGCGAGGAACUAUUUGCAGGGCACUUAACCAAAAAGACAGUUUGGGAGAUCUCAUCACAUUGCCGACGCUGCGAGCUCACUAUGAAAGUUGUCGUCUGCUGUUUGUUGGUUCUGUCACUUCAGUCUGUUCGUCGCGUUGCUUGUGUUCAGUUGACAUUUUUUGCUCCGCGCCCUCAGGGUCCUGUCCAAGUUGGCGGCGCCGCAUUGCCUCAUACUGCCAACAGUGCACAGGAAGAUAACACCGCGUAUGCCGGCGGUGACGACCUUGAGGAGGAGGGUCGGUUUGAAGGGACCACGAUUCGUGCCGUUGACGCUGUGCCAAAGGUUCACGUGGAAACUGAAAGCAGAGUCCGCCUGGUGAGCUACACGAAAGCUGUGCGGAUUGAAAACAGAUAUAUUGUUCAGCUGAAGGAAGACCUACCCGAGAGCAGAGUCAAAUCUCACCUUACCGCUGUAAGAAGUUCCCUGAAACAAACAGGUCCUCUAGUCGCCAAGGCCGGGUCACCCUUACUAGCGCUAGGUCAACCAAAGGUCGAUGACGUCAUCACUAUUGGCAGAGUGAAGUUUUACGUCAUGGAGGCAAGGCCGGAGGACAUGGACAACAUUGUUCGCACCAAAAAAUCGGAUGUGACGACGGUGUAUGAGGACACAAAGGUGAAACUCUUGGAUUGCAAGAAUUUCACUGGAUGGCCCUGGGGUCUAGACAGAUUAGACAUGAGGGCAGUGAGAGACUUCAGGGCGGAGAGAGAUAAACGGCUAAUAGUAGACGGUGAUGGAAUGGGUGUAGACGUCUACGUGUUGGACACAGGGAUACGUGCAGACCACAGGGAGUUUAGGAAGAAUAGGGGAAAAAUAAUACACAAGGUAGAUCCAGGGAUGAGCGACGGCGAUACCCACGGGCAUGGGACACAUGUGAGCGGUCUUAUUGCCGGCAGAAGGUUCGGUGUGGCGCGUCUGGCACGGGUGAACGCCAUCAAGGUAGUAGACGACAAGGGAGAGGGCAGUGCUUCCUGGCUUCUCAGUGGGCUCGAACACGCUGUUAAUACUAUCAAAACGAAACCUAACCGUAAAGCUGUGAUUAACAUUUCUCUUGGAUACCCCAAGUCUGAUCUGAUAGACGCCGCGAUAAAUGAAACAGUCAGACUGUAUAACAUUCCGAUAGUGGUCGCUGCUGGCAAUGAAGCGAUGGACGCGUGCGAGAAAAGCCCAUCGGGAGCCAGCGAGGCUAUAACAGUAAGUGCGACCAGUUAUCAUGAUAUUCGGCCAAAGUGGGCCAACUAUGGCCCCUGCGUGGAUAUAUUUGCCCCUGGAAAUAACAUGAAAAGUUCGGUGUCAAGUGCAUGGAACGCUACUGACACCCUAAGUGGAACCUCCAUGGCUUGUCCUCUGGUCGUUGGUUCUCUGGCAGCGUAUCUAAGCAGCCUUCCAGCGUCCGUGAAACCCUCGCCUGCAGAGUUGAAGGAUUACCUUAUCAAGAGAGCCACAGUUAAUGAAGUCAGAAACGCGGGGAAAGGGUCUCCUAACCGUUUGUUAUAUGUAAAAUGUUCCAGCCUGCAGGAACCACAGACUUGCGAUCCUCUGGCGUAACACAAAGUUAACCUUUAUUUAACUGUUCGAAACACAAUCGGUAUGUUAAGUAAAAACAAAUGCUGCCACCAACUAUCAGUUGUAAGUCUUCUUUAUUUCUUCUAACGACUGGAAGUUUUCUUGUACAAACUUCAGGCUAAACUGUAAGGCUGUAAAUCUCUAACUGCAUAACUCUAAAACUAACGUUAAAACAACCCUUUUCUAUCCCGCUCCUCUACACUACUCAACUGUCCAACUAUCCUCCCUAUCUAUGUCGCUCCCAUAUAUAUAUAUAUAUAUAU